GGACCUCCAUCACGUCUCAGAUUGAUCAGCUGCUGUAAAUGAUAUAAAAGCAAGAGAGAGCACCUACAGAUACAUCAGUGAGAUACAUCACACACUCAUCUACAUCAUGACCUUCACCAUCUUCUCCAUCACCUGCCUUGCCCUGGUGGCCUCUGCUCUGGGUUGUGGAGUGCCUGCGAUUAAACCACAGACGAUCGGCAGCAGGAUUGUGAACGGACAGAAUGCUAUCUCUGGUUCUUGGCCCUGGCAGGUCUCUCUUCAGCACCCCAAUGGUUUCCACUUCUGCGGAGGAUCCCUGAUCAACCAGAACUGGGUUCUCACUGCUGCCCAAUGUGCUGUCAUGGUCUGCUCUCAUCGUGUCAUUCUUGGAGAACAUAAUCGUGGCUCCAAUGAUGAACCCAUCCAGAUCCAAGUAGUUUCCAAGGUCAUCACCCAUCCUCUCUACAACAGUGUAACCUUCAACAAUGACAUUGCUCUGCUGAAACUGUCGUCUCCAGUCACAUUUACUCCCAGUAUCUCUCCUGUAUGUCUGGCUUCAUCAGGCGCCAGCAUCGUGCCUGGAACCCGCUGCUUCACCACUGGCUGGGGCCAGACUGCCAGCACAACGAGCCCUCUGAUCCUUCAGCAAACAGUUGUACCCAUCAUAAGUCCUGCUGUGUGCAGACAGAUCUGGGGUCAGAGCAGACUCACUGAUGCUAUGAUCUGUGCUGGAGCCUCCGGUUCCUCAGCUUGCCAGGGUGAUACUGGUGGUCCUCUGGUGUGUGAGAGUUCAGGGGUCUGGACUCUGGUGGGCUCUGUGUCUUGGGAAAGAAGCACUUGUGACCCCCGUUUCCCUGGAGUCUACACCAGCAUCUCCCAGCUGCGCUCUUGGAUCAACGAGACUAUUUCUUCCAACUAGAUCACCAGUCUGAAUAUUUAUUUUCUGUCAUUGUUUCCUUGUUGGUGGUCUUUUUGCUCAUGGGUUGGGUCAGUCAAUGACUUCAUGCUGAAGUCUGAGUCUUCAUCUUGUUUUCCUGUUUCAGCUUUACAGAUAAUGAAAAUGUUUCAAUAAAUGAGAUGGGUAAAAUAAAAUGCAAACAAAAAGCAAUGGAGAAUGUUGUAGAGUGUAUUUAAUGACAUGUAAUAUCAGACGGGUAAUAUCAGACAACUGCUCCUGACUAAACCUUUGUAACAUCAAAAAUGAUUAAUCUAUAUCUCAUUUAUAUAGUGAAGACUAUGCAGUUA